UUGAGAAGGGACGUGACGCGGGCCAAUCAUCCCCACGCCUUCAGAGGACAAAAAUAAAGAAGCGGAUGAGGGCAAGAAAAAUGUUGCACACCAUGGAGGCCGGAGACAACACAUUCGACGACCCCGGCGCCGCCGCCGACGGCCUGGGCCCCGUCCCCGCGGACAAACGCAACCUCUCCUGGUGGGACGUGGCCGGCCUCUGGGUCGUCAUGGUGGUGAAUGUCCCGUCCUACUUCGCCGCCGCCAGUCUGAUGGAGCUGGGCAUGUCGUGUUGGCAGGGCAUUGCCACCAUCUUCCUUGGCAACCUCAUCAUCUACGCUCCCAUCUGCCUCACUGCCCACGCCGGUGUCCGGUACGGCAUCUCCUUCCCCGUUCAGCUCCGCGCAGCCUUCGGCAUCCGCGGCGCCCGCAUCCCCGCCCUCCUCCGCGCCGUCGUCGCCUGCGGCUGGUGCGGCACCGAAUCCUGGAUCGGCGGCCAGGCCAUCUUCCUCCUCCUCCUACCCCGGCCCAUCCAGUCCUCGUCCUACUCGCAGCCCUUGGGAUGGCUGGGCACGUCGCCCCUCGAGCUAGGCUGCUUCCUGCUCUUCUCGCUCCUCCAGUUCGCCAUGCUGUGGAAGGGCAUGGCAGGGAUCCACGCCCUCGGAAAGUACUCCGCCCCCGUCCUCGUCCUCCUCGUCGCCUGCCUCUUUGCCUGGGCCUACGCCACCGCAGGCGGCUUCGGUGAGAUGCUCUCCACGCCCUCGCGCCUCUCGCCGUUGCAGUUCUGGCCCGUGUUUUACCCCUCCCUCACUGGGUGCGUCGGCAGCUGGUCCGCCGUCGCGCUCAACAUCUCCGAUUUCGCCCGGUUCGCCCGGAGCCAAGCGGACCAGGCGCUAGGCCACCUGGCGCUCCCCCUUUUUAUGGCCGCCUAUACCUUCGCCGGCCUCGCCAUCACCUCCGCCACGGAGGUCAUCUUCGGCCAGGCGAUCCCCAACCCCAUCGAACUUCUCUCCUUGAUCAACACCAGCGUCUUCAUCUCGAUCCUUGCGUUCUUGGGGAUCGGCCUGGCCACCAUCACCACCAACAUCCCGGCCAACCUCGUCGCCCCGGCCAACGUGCUCGUCAGCCUCAGCCCCUCCACCUUCAACUUCGCCACCGGCUCCCUACUGACAGGAUUCAUCAGCCUAGUGUUCCAGCCAUGGAAACUUAUGGCAUCCGGCAAGAGCUUCGUCUACGAAUGGCUGGUCGGCUACUCGGCCAUCAUUGGCCCCAUCACCGGAAUCCUGCUCACCGACUACUACGUCCUCCGACGGGCGGUGCUCGACGUGGCCGGACUCUACGCCGAAAGCCCCCAUGGACCAUACUACUACACCGGGGGAUACAACGUCGCGGCCUUCGUCGCGUUGGUCUUCGGAGUAGCGCCGGCGAUCCCCGGGUUCCUCCACAAGGUCGGCGCCGUGAAGAUGACCUGGGGAGGGUUCGAUGUCAUCUACGGAUGCGCUUGGUUCUUCGGCGUCUUCUCUGCGUCACUGGUCUAUUGGCUCCUCUCCUGCGGAAGAGCGAGACGCAAAGCUGGGGAAGCGUGGACCGGCGGAUCCAUGGCGGAGCCGCUCCGACUGACUGCACAUCCCGAUUUAGUUGAUGAUUAAAAUGAUUUGAUUUGGUCCAAUUGUUCUGCCUCAGUUACCAAGCAAAUUGAUGGGUUUAGUUCCAUCUUAUACAUCAAACCAAAACAUUAUUAAUAGAUUAUUCAAUCGUGUUUGCGAUAUCAA